AAUCUCUCGUCCUUUGCGCGACGUUCUUUCUCCAUCCCAUCCUUUUCUCAACCGCCCAUUUAUCCUUCCGGCAGACUUGCUCUUGCUGGACGGCAGAAGGUACCAGCACUUUCCGUGGUAACCCGAACUCUCGCAAAGAUUGGUUGUCGCACCUUCCCCCCGGAUUUGUAACCGCAGCUGCCUUGCGUCAACAUCACGCCUUCUUGACUCUGACUUCGACUUCUGUGUCGCUUUUCCACCAAACUUCCUUCUUGUCAUUCCCUUGUGCACCAACCUUUUUUUUUUUUCCACGCCCCUCGCGCAACCUCUUGGACCAGUUUGCGACGGUUGUCUUUGCGCACUUCACUGUCGCGCAUCGCCUCUUAAUUCCGUAUAUUCCGGCGCAAAGCGAUUUCCAAACGCGACAUUCGCCUGUCCGCAGAUGAACCACUGGGAAACGCUCCUUUGAUUAAUCCUUGAGGUCAUGCAAAGCAUCUUUCGUUUGCCAUGGUGUACGGAUUCCUCAGGCGACGAGAAGCCCGAAAAGGCCGUGUUUCCCAAGAUGCGCCAACCACCUGGUGUCGAAAUGUCUCUGCUCACCAAAUUGAAGCGCAAACGUUCUGAUAACCAGUCUUUCGAGUCGCUACCUGCUUUCGAUCACCCGAAGCGCCUGAAGCUCUCUGACGUGGAUGCUGAUCUAUCUGUGCCCGAGGAACGACAACGUGAUGCACCCAUCGACAUUAAGACUUCGGAUACCGAACUUCCCAGCUGUGCUAACGACGCAUCUCAAUACAUGAAGAAUGAUUCGCCGCUCAAGUCGGACGUUUCAUUUACAGCUUCCGGCGCAAAAACUACGGAUUCUUCGUUUCCAAUCUCUGCCAAGCCGACACAGCCUUUGGAGACUAAUGACAGGCCAGAAGUUCUGGAAGCGACGAAAGAACCGCAGCUGCAAGACGUCCUCGAACAUCAGUUUAAUCUCGAAAUCUUGCUCAAGCACCGUGAACUGCGUCUCAUUGAGCAAGAGCUUGCCAAAUGUCAGACCGCGCUCGAGCAGCUUCGAAGAUGUGAGUUGAUCCCAUACCCUGGAGCCUCUGGACUGUCGGAGUCUCUCUCCUCUGGCACCGGACCUGCGAUCAGACCUCAAUCUGGAUUCACUCAACCACAAGCUCCGUCACCAUGGGGUGUAACAGAUGGUCCAUAUACCAGACACUAUGCGAGAUGGCUUCUCAACGAUCCAACCUUCGACUCUGUGCCAUUCAGUCACGUCAUGCCGGCGCUUGACAACUACGCGAUGCAGCCUGAAGGUCGCUCGACACGCAACAGUGGUGCAACUGUUGUAAAGACUGGCAGAUCUCGCUCUAUGCGAGAUUCUUUUGGCAAUCUUAACCAAGCCUUGCCCAACUAUCCCGCUCACGCACGUGGCAAACAGGGUCCUCUGGUCAUAAGAAGACUAGCUGAUAACCUUUUUGUCAAGUUGAUAUGUAACAACUGUCAACGAGGUGAUUUCUCUAGUGUCCAAGGAUUCUUGAACCACUGCCGUAUAGCGCACAAGGUCGAUUACAAGAGCCAUGAAGCUGCUGCCCUGGACUGUGGAAAGCCACUUGAGGAGGAUGAAUCUCAUUUGAUCCCUCAAGGUGUCCCUGCGGCAGCACCCGGAGCGCCGAAACCACAGCAGGCGACUAAGCCCGUCGUACCGCAAGUUGUGGCUCCUCCACCGGCUGGCUUCGUUCAUCCCUUGAACGCUCAGACUCUGCCGCGAUUCACGUGGAAGCGACAGGCGGAUGAGGCGAGAGCUUCAGCUUCUCAGCCGCGAACCCGCCGUCCGACUUUGAGCAAGCCCAUCACCUCUUCUGCCGCAGCUUCUUUCCACGCGAAACCCUUGGUUGGAUCAAGUUUCGCGCCGUAUCUCUCUGCUCGUUUCGCAAAGCGUGGUCUGGGAGGAGACUUGCAGCAUGCAACAACUCAGGCUCGCGAGAAUGUCGAUCUCGGCCCGGAGACCGUCGAUGACGAUCAAACUAUGACGAGGCUCAGUGAGACACCCAAACCGGUUGGCACGUCAGGAUUCAGUGUCAGCAGGCCUGUGGUUACUCCGGCAAACGACGAGUCGCAGAGUCGCAAGGGUUGGUGUUCGCCAGUCUCGCGUCCUCGGCCCGCACCAAUCAUGGCACGCCACGUUCCUGUUGGCAUGAUGGACUCGACACCCGACUUGUCGCCUCAUGCCGUGGAUAGCAACCCAGGACUCGUAUCCGAUCACGAAGACGACGAUGCCCCUUCUGACCUGGACGAUGUACGCUCGGAACGGCAUCAAUCCCCUAGCGCAAUGAGCAGGCUCGGCGCCCUCAGGGACAGGACUUGUGGCGAUGAGUUGGUCAUGGAUCUCGAAGUCGACGUUGACGACGAAGCUGAAGGACACAGUGUUCUGAUAAGACCACGAAGCCUCGGUCUACAGAUGCGAUCGAGUGGUAGUCCCAGCAGGGCCAAAUGAAUUGUGGAAGCGUGAUUCAAUAGGAUGGUAUAAAACUAAAAAGUAAGGAGAGAUGGCGGUGCAUAUUUAUGUGGGCGGUUCCCGAGAGGGAGAGGAACAUUGCAAGCUUAUCGUUGUACGUUUAUUGAUGAAGAG